AUGCCUGUGAAAGGGCCUUUGCAAUCUGUUCAGGCUUUUGGGCAAGAGAAAACAACAACUGCUGUUGCCCAUUGCAAAAGAGGAAAUGGCUUCAUCAAGGUGAACGGCUGGCCUCUGGAAAAGAUUGAGCCAAAGACUUUACAGUACAAGCUGCUGGAACCACUUCUGCUGUUGGGCAAAGAAAGAUCUGCUGGUGUCGACGUCAGAGUUCGUGUGAAGGGUGGUGGUCACGUAGCUCAAAUCUAUGCUAUCCAUCAAUCCAUUUCUAAAGCAUUGGUGGCUUACUACCAGAAAUAUGUAGAAGAAGCAUCCAAGAAGGAGAUCAAGGACAUCCUCGUACAGUAUGACAGGACUCUGCUGGUUGCUGAUCCUCGUCGUUGUGACGCCAAGAAAUUUGGUGGACCUGGUAGCCAUGCACAUUACCAGAAAUCUUACCAUUAA